AAAUGUAUAGCUAGCUAGCCAGAUUCAGUCUAUUUUCUAACUGUGACUUCUAUAUUAUAUCAUAGCCUGAAGCUAGUGCUAGCAAGUUUAAUUCAAAUAUUGGCGUUAGCUAGUUAGCUACUGUACGUUUGGCGACGUUACUGUGCAAAUUCAAUUCGAUUGGUUUCGGGCACGAAUAUUAAAACUGAAAUCAGCUUUAAGAAAUGUAUAGAUAAAAUGUUUUCGGCAAUAAGAUGGUUAGUCUGUAAGAAUUAAGAGAGCAGUUCUGCCUGCUCUCCCCUCUACUAUUUCCUGUACCGAGACUGGCUAUCUGACAAGUGGUAGGCAGAACCACCUGCUGCACCCAUCUGCUCUCUGUCCCCCAGGACAGGAGGACGGGGAGAAAUAGAAAAUCAGCCCUACUUCUGCCACCUAAUUCAUAUUCAGGAUGCCCCUCCCCAUAUAACCUACUAUGUCGCCUGCGGACAUCCUCUCUGCAGCAUAAUGUCUUGUGCAGCCUACUUAGAUGGCAACGCAACGCCAAAGUCCAUGAGCAGAGCCAAACAAUGGACUGACGAGGUGGAGAACUUAUACAGAUUCCAACAGGCAGGCUACAGAGAUGAACUGGAAUACAAACAAGUAAAGCAAGUUGACUUGAUCGACAGGUGGCCUGAGACUGGGUUUGUGAAGAAGCUUCAGCGUCGAGACAACACAUUCUAUUACUACAACAGAAAAAGAGAAUGUGAAGACCGGGAAGUCCAUAAAGUGAAGGUCUAUGCAUAUUAAGUCAGGGGUGUCCAGCAAUCUCUUUUCCAUUUUGAAUAUCUUUUGACAUGUUUUUGAAGAAGACGUCUGUAGGAAGGAAGGCAGCAUCAUCCCAGCUGUGGAAUGUAGACCAGUUCACUGAAUAAAGGGUGUGAGGCUGAA